AUGCGCCCUCCUGCUGCUGCCCUUGACUUGAUAGCAGGCCGAUCCCAGGCUGGACAGGUCACGACUGCUACAAACGAAGCCAUGGACUCGGUGCCACAACAACAACAACAACAACAACAACAACCAUCACCAGAUCAGCCCCCGAGUCAACAAACGCCAGUAGACUCUAACAAUAACAACAUGAUGGACGUCGAAGCGCGCGACUCUCGGUCUUCGUCAUCGACAAACUCCCCGCUUCCCCGCGAUAAUGACGAGUCCGAUUUUUAUGCGAUCAACAAUGACUCGGAAUCUUCGUUGGGCGUCAUGCCCAAUCUUCAAGACAUGCAGGUUAACGACCAAGAAUGUCUGCCCCCAGCGGCUACCCUUCCCAGCGAAAUCCUCAUCAGCAUAUUUUCCCGACUCAGCUCACCCGCUGAUAUGUUCAGAUGUAUGCUGGUAUCAAGACGAUGGGCACGAAACGUGGUAGAGAUGUUGUGGCACCGCCCAACUUGCACUUCAUGGGAGAAACAUACGCAGAUAUGUCAGACAUUGCAACUUCAGCAGCCGACCUUUGCAUAUCCCGAAUUCAUCAAGCGCUUGAAUCUUGCCACUCUGUCGUCGGAAGUCAACGAUGGAAGUGUCAUCCCCCUCGCUGUCUGCACCCGCGUCGAACGUCUUACCUUGACCAACUGCAGAGAGCUUACAGAUAUUGGACUCAAGGCCCUGGUGCAGAACAGCCCACAUCUGUUGGCGCUUGAUAUUUCUCAAGAUGACAAAAUCACAGAAGCUUCGGUCUUCGCCAUUGCUGACAACUGCCCCAGAUUGCAAGGGCUCAACAUGACCAACUGCAAGCGCAUCUCCAACGAGAGUCUGAUGAGGCUGGCUGAGAGCUGCAAGUACAUCAAGAGACUCAAACUCAACGAUUGUGAUCAACUCAACGACGACGCUGUCAUGGCCUUUGCUAUCAAUUGCCCAAACAUUCUCGAGAUUGACCUUCAUUCCUGCCGCAGAAUCGGUAAUGAGCCAGUCACUGCUCUGCUUGCUCAAGGACAGUCUCUCCGCGAACUUCGUCUUGCCAACUGCGAGUUGAUUGACGAUUCUGCGUUCCUGUCACUCUCCUCCAACAAGAUCUAUGAGCAUCUCCGCAUCCUCGACCUCACUUGUUGCACUCGUCUUACGGAUCGUGCGGUCGAAAAGAUCAUCGACGUAGCCCCUCGCCUCCGUAACCUGGUUCUUGCCAAGUGCGGCAACAUCACCGAUGCAGCUGUCUAUGCUAUUUCGCGGCUGGGAAAGAACCUCCACUAUGUGCAUCUUGGACACUGUCGCCACAUCACGGACGACGCUGUGAAGAGGCUUGUCCAUUGCUGCAACAGGAUUCGCUACAUUGACCUGGGCUGUUGCCAGCAUCUCACAGAUGAGUCUGUCACCAGACUUGCAACAUUGCCCAAGCUCAAGCGCAUUGGUCUGGUGCGAUGCAGUAACAUCACAGAUGAGAGCAUGUAUGCUCUUGCCAAGGCCAAUCAGCGAGCCCGAUCUCGUCGAGAUGCUAGUGGUAACGUUGUGACCGACUACAGCCACAGCAGCAGCUUGGAGAGAGUUCAUCUGAGCUACUGCGUGAACCUGACAUUGCCUAGCAUUAUUCGACUUCUAAAUGCCUGCCCAAAACUUACUCAUCUCAGCUUGACCGGCGUCACGGCAUUCUUACGUGACGAUCUAGAUGCCUUUUGCAGGGAUGCCCCUCCUGAUUUCACCGAACACCAGCGACAGGUUUUCUGUGUCUUCUCUGGCAGAGGCGUUACUGGCUUGAAAGAUUAUCUAAACUCAAGGGAAGAAUUUGCACAGUUCCAUCCAGGUGCGGCGCCCAGCAGAACCCUGGCAAUCCAAGAUCCAGAUACCUUUGAGGAUAACGACGGUGUCGAGGACGAUGACAUGGGCGAAGGUAGUGAUUUCGCCGUCGGACCUGACCCUGUCGCCACUCAGAAUCACAAUCUUGGGGUGCCUCCACCACCGCCACCUGCACCAGCAACGCCCCAACAUCCAGGUCCGCAAAACACUAGUUGGCUAGGAUUGCAGGGCACCGCAGCAAACCCUGCUUCUCGAGAAGAUCUCGAGCGCCUCUUGCUCAGAGACAACACGAACCCAGCCGUUGCACUCGAUACUUUUGCGUCGUCUACGCCCCAAGUUGAAUCGACGACACCCACUCAAGAAACGCCAGCUUUACAGAUUCCUCCGUCGGCCUUCCAACACCAGGUAUCUUACACCCAGGGACCUAGUACAGCCGCUGUCAAUGCGUCUGGAGGACCUGGUCAGUCUAAUGGCCGACCCAGUACAGCGUCACUCCAGAGCGACUCGUUGGAGGGUCGACGGGAAUAG